CUCAAAUGUUGCAGCGAGAGGAGCAGAGCGGAGAAAGAGACUGCUGGGGAAACGUUUGCAAAAGGAACAGGACUAACCUGGACUGCACUGUAGACUGAUUUUAUAUCCCCAAGAAGUCCUUUCUCCUCUUUUUUGUUAAUUCGCAACCAUUAUAUUUCGCUGUCUAUUGACAUAUUUGAGAUCGAAACGGACUGUAACAAUCAUGGAACUGCUUUGUCUCGAGAUGGACACCAUUAUAAGAGCCCGUCCUGACCCGAAUCUUUUAUAUGAUGACAGGGUUCUGCAAAGCUUGUUGACCAUCGAAGAGAGAUUUCUUCCCCAGUGUUCUUAUUUUAAAUGCGUUCAGAAAGACAUUCAGCCCUUUAUGCGGAGGAUGGUGGCAACUUGGAUGUUGGAGGUCUGCGAGGAACAGAAAUGCGAGGAAGAAGUUUUUCCAUUGGCUAUGAACUACUUGGACCGAUUUUUAGCGGUGGUACCAACAAGAAAAUGUAACUUGCAGUUGCUCGGAGCAGUGUGCAUGUUUCUUGCGUCUAAAUUGAAAGAGACGCGUCCAUUAACUGCUGAGAAGCUGUGUAUCUACACU